AUGGCACAGGAUCGCCAGCUCAUCAGCUCUGGCUCAGCCUUUGAGGCCCAGAUCGGCUACUCACGUGCCGUCGUCUCUGGCGACUGGGUCUUUAUUUCGGGUUGUACUGGCUACGACUACGCCACCGGCGAGCUGCGCACGGGAGCCGCCGACCAGGCCGACCAGGCGCUGCGCAACAUUGCCGCCGCGCUCGCCCAGGUUGGUCCGGAUGUCGAGCACGAGCCGGUGACGAUGGCCGACGUCGUGCGCGUGCGCUAUAUUCUGCCCGACCGCAACCUGUUCGCCCAGACCUGGCCGGUGCUGCAGCAAUGGUUCGGCGGCGAGAGAGGCGCCCGUCCGGCAGCCACGAUGAUGCAGGCCGGCCUGCUGGAGGAGGCCAUGCUGAUCGAGGUGGAGGUGACGGCGCGGCGGCCGAAGAAGAUCAGCGACGGGCUGAAUCAGCGUGCUGACGUGUCGGAUCCGCCCCUGUAA